GUUGUCUUUAGGCAGAUUUAUUUAUGUUAAAAGUGUGUCUUGUAAUAUGUAAAAUUGCCAGUGACCACAGUGAUGAAUGACAGAUGUAUGUCCAACGAACAGGAGCAGCUUUCCUUCUUUUGGAACAUUUUGAAAAAUGAUUUAGAUCAAUUUGCUCAUUUGAAAUGAUACCAUUUGGUAUAGUGCGAUAUUCUUCUUCUUGCAAAUGUGGAGUUCGUUUAUUUUGGCUUGAGGCCCUUCAAAUUCAGCUUCUUAGUGUCAUAUCUGUCCUUUUAGUGAUGUGGAAUCCAUGGAGAUACUCAAAUAGUUUGCUUCAAAAGUUUCAUUUGAAAAGUGGAUCUUUAGUCUGGUUGUUUUGUGCAGUGGCAAUCAUGUUCGCCUUAAAUACUCACUCUUUACCCAAACAACGCAUUACCUUUUCAAAUAACGGUCUGUGAUUUUACUACACAAUUCUCCAUGUAUGAAUGUUAACUCCACCCUGAAUGAAAGGUUUUGAUGUUGGCCUGGCACUUCAAAAUACAUGCCUGUUUCAUACAAAUGGUGGAAUGGUAUCUCCUGUCAUCUCAGUCAGUCAUUAGAAGUCUUUUCUCAUGAAACAUUUCCUGUGAAGUUCUGGACAACAAUGUGUGAGUAUUGUGCAGAUUUCUAUGAAGGGAAUACAUCGGUGUACAAUCAUCUAAUGUGUCAUUAGAUUUUAACAUCAUUAGUUAUGCUGAUAAAUGCUACUUUAUCACUGUAUGACAAUACGUCAACUAAUAGUGUAUGCAGAAUAUUCACUUAAUGUUUGGAGGAAGGGGGUGGUCAAAUAUGCACAGUGUGAAUUCUGCAUGUUAUCAGUUGUGAAUCACACAUAUGCAUCCAGGUGCGUUAAGUGCUUUGUUUGGCGCUCCUCUCCAGCGCUGCCGUGGCAACAAUCACUGCCCUGAGCUGAACGCCCCGUGGUUUCCAUGCUCUUUUAUUUGGUGGGAGAGGCCGUCAUCAAGGAUUCUCUCUGUUCUAAGGUCGACUGCAGACCAGGGCAGACCCCCAAAGCGCGCGCUGGCGCUUUAAAGGCCAUCCUGGGGAGCUCUCUGCUCCACCGACAUGAGCCCAGGCAGACCACCCAGCCGCUCACUGCUGGGACAGACCAAUCAGGAAACAUAUGGGUUCUCUGUUGCCUCGUUAUUGGUUAAAAAAAUAAAUAAAAAAUGGCUGGCUGGCUUCACGAGAAAGAGAUAUAGGCUGGCUGGCUUCACGAGAAAGAGAUAUGUUUUUUUAUCAUACAGUCUUAGAUUUAUAUGGCAAAAAUGACAUCUAAUGAUUAAAUGCUUUUUUAAUUUUUUAUAAAAGUAGAUUUUUUUUUCUGCAUUUCUGUGGAUUCUGUGCAUUAAGAAUAUCUGGUUAAAUGUACCUGGCAGAACAUGCUAUUAUUAACAAAAAAAACCUCUUUGGAAGUAUUGAUCAGUCUUUGGGGAGUGCAUUCAGUAGCAAUUCAAAUACAUGGAUAAGAUGUCCCUGGAUGGCUGACGCAUCUUUUCCAUCAGCCACUGCUGAGAGCUCUGUUGUCCUUCGUCACUUUGCUUUCUUACUUUAGACGCCCUCUUUCAGAGCGUCAGCACAGCUUUUGCGUGGCUACUCUUUUCAGUGAAGGGCAACAGACUAUACAUCCUCCCACACAUUUGACCUCAGCAUCAAUGUUUUCUCUCAAAUAUGUAUUAAGAAUUCUAACAGGCACACACACACACACACACAGUCUUUUACCCCUCUAAAACAUAGCACUCUGUAGUGUACAGAGGUGCAUUGUGUAACAGAAGGACAAGGCCACUCAGACAAUGGACUUUUCAGAGCUACAUGCCGUCACCAAGGGAUGUGACAAGGGAUUUUUCAAACCCUGCAGUAAAAAUACUGCAGUAACUUUCCAAGGAGUGUCAGAAAUCAUUUCAGACUUUCGUGUGGGCUUUGAAGACCAUGAGAAACAAGGAGAGAUACAAUUAUAUUCAAGACACAUUAAUUGGCCCUGGAGAACUAAAGGCAAAAUACAAGAAAAAUAACAUGUAGAAAAUGCAGAAAUUUGGCAUUUCACUAAAGCAGUUUAGACAUGUGUUGUGUGAAUUUGUCUUGCAUAACAAUGUCGGGAGAUUUAAUUGGGCUCGUCAUAGCCUUUGUGAAGUGAAGUGCCCCCUUGAUGAAUAAUACUAAUAAGAUGAAGACCUGCAGGUUUUUGUUAUACACAGUUGGCAAGGAUGAGGUGACAGGAUGGAGUUUAAUGAGAACACAAACAAAACAAAACAAAUUCAGUGUCUAGAAGAAGAAACCUACGUGACAUUAGCAGUAAAUAUAUUUGAAAAAGAAUUGAUACUUGAUAAGAAUUAACUGAUAGCUUUGAAACGACUCAUUUUCUGACAGGUGGCUUCCAUCAGCUUUCACAAUUUCCCAUGAUUCCCUGAGCCGCGACCGGUCACUAGAAUCAGACAUGGGGGACACGCCAACAGAAGUACGCACGGACGGGAACUCUCUGUUGAAGGCCGUGUACCUGAGCCGCCUGAGACUCACGAGACUGCUGCUUGAAGGUGGAGCCUACAUUAACGAAAGCAACGAGCGAGGCGAGACUCCACUAAUGGUGGCCUGUAGGACCCAUCAUUCAGAUGCACAGAGUGUGCCCAAGCCCAAGAUAGUAAAAUACCUGCUAGAGAGUGGCGCCGACCCAAACAUCCAAGACAAGAGUGGAAGGACGGCCCUGAUGCAUGCCUGCAUGGAGCGGGCCGGUGUGGAGGUUUUGUCUUUGCUGCUGUUGAGUGGUGCUGACCCCAGCUUGGAGGACCACUCUGGCUCAUCCGCCCUGGUCUACGCUGUGAACUCCGGUGACAAGGAUGCCCUGAGGGAACUGCUCGAUGCCUGCAAAGCCAAGGGCAAGGAGGUCAUCAUCAUCACAACAGACAAACUACCAUCUGGACGACAAAUGACCAAGCAGUAUCUGAAUGUCCCACCACCACCGGACUUGGAUGACCGCUUGCACUGUACCCCGGCCUCCUGCAUGUCACCCUCUGAAAUUCAGCUCUGUACCCCUCCUCACUCCUUGUGCAGUGCCCAGCCUGAGAGCCAGCGACUUGGACAGAGGGACCCUCAAGGCCUGAUCCCCUCUACCAACUCUGCCACAUCGCAACCAGGCUCUCCGACCCACAACCACAUCUCCAUGCAGGACCCAGGAGUCGCCAAACUCCUGCACCUUCAGAGGCUUCAUUCUGAACCCUGGUUGAAGAUCCCCCCGUCUUUGCUGGUCCAGCAGAGCAAGGGCUCUUCCCUAACCGAGGAGCUCCAGGACAUCACCCCGGAGGAAGAGCUCUCGUUUAAAAUCAAUGGCCUCCCUUUCUCCAGGAGAACUCUGGCUGCUUCCCGCCAUCAGAGCAUCGACGUUAAGGACGCCACCGGUCUGCUGCGGGCCCUGGAGCAAGCCAACGAGAGCGAUAGAGACCUGGGUGGAGCCCGAAGCCUGUUGAGUAGGAAGAUGUCCUACGACAGUGUGUCGUCUCUCCAACACUCCUUGUCACACUUGAACCUCAGUCGGGAAGGGAGCACAGCAGAACCCAUUCCUGUGGACAGAGCUGUCCCAGACAGCAUCCCAAACCUUGCGGUGUCAAGCUUGCGAAAUGUCGUUCGCCGGCGGAACAUCGGGAUGGACCACUACAGCUCAGACUCCCAGCUGCCCCAGUUCGGCAGCCAGAGCGCAGAGGACCGGACGGGACCAGCGGCUGCGUCCGAGAAGCGGAAACUUGUGUCCAGCCGCUCGUCCACCCUGUCGGGGUCCAAGGAGUCCCUGGAGGGCCUCCCGCAGAGGAGAGCUGCCGGGAUGUUGGAGCGCAGAGGCUCGGGGGCCCUGCUUCUGGAUCACAUUGCUCAAACACGGCCUGGGUACUUGCCCCCACUCAACCCGCACGCGCCCAUUCCAGACAUCAAGGUCAACUCUACCACAGCCUCUACCGGACCGAUGAGCGCGAGCAAACUUGUGGGCGCUGGGGUUCAGCCUGCUCCCCCGGGAGUUGCACCAGCACCACCCAAACAGUUCCUGCCCUUUGCCCCAAGUUUGCCCAGAGAUGUGAAGACCAAGAAGACACUGCUGAGGCGCCACUCCAUGCAGACGGAGCAGAUCAAGCAACUGGUUAACUUUGAAGAGAUUUUUGGACAGUAAGACAAAGCGAGGUAUGCUGUCUGAGGGCACCAAUAUAAAUUAUGGACAUUUUUCAAUUCUCAAUGCAAGCUACAGUUAAAUCCACGUAGCGUCUGUAAAUGGAAUUUAAUGGCAGCACUGAUGUCAACCUCUUCAUGUGCAACAACGUUAUUUACUUAUCAACCACAGCAUCUCACAGUACCCUUCUGUCAACGAGUAAACCAUUCCUAUGGUGUAUAGAAACCUACCCACUCAAUUAAUUCUCAAUAGACGGUUUCAAGACUAUUUUGUUGCAAAAAAUUGAGCUUGUGAUAAAGGCUGGUAGCCCGAGUCAAAGAGAUGGCCACCAAGUAAUAGAAAGCAUGCCAAACAACUAAAGAA